AUGGAUCACCAUCUGGAUCCAAACUUGGAUAACUUGUUCGAGAUGUACGGUGAAUCAGUAGAGGAAUGUGCAACACAAGUUGCGAAUGGAACGCUUCUGACACUUCUGCAAAUGUUGGUCUUGGUUUGGAUGUUCUUUUUGGUAUGGAGACUUUCACUCCCACCACGAAUCCAGACAUUUUUGCACAUCGCCAUGACAACUCUGACAGUCGCCUGGUUUUCACCGAAAAAACUCGAGUCUGUUAUGAUCUUCCACACGUUCAGUCUAAUCUCCCUCUUCUGCGCUGUCCAGAAGCUAAAUGGCUACAGAAUUCUCGGGUUGAACAUCAUGCUUCUGAUAGCUUUGCAAAACAUCUGCAGCCGCGCCAACGCCGAUGAUUACUUUCUGACACUUCGUGGAGUUUUGAUGAUGCACAUUAUGAGGCUUUCAACCGCGUCGUUCGCUAUCGUAGAUUCGAAUGUUAGGAGUAUCAGCUUUGAUCAGCUCACACUGUACUUGGAAUACAUCUACUUCCCGCCAUUUAUCAUUUUUGGACCAUACGUGACCUUCGAUCAGUUUGUGAAGAUGAGAGAAAAGAAAUGGACUCGCUUUGAGGAACAAUUGGGAGUAUUCGUUCAAGGAUCUGUGCUGAUUUUUAUUGGAAUCACUCUGGCCAUCAUCUCCUCUUGUUACGUGGAUUUCUUCGAGCCUGGUUCCCAGUUUGUUGAAGACGCUCUCACAGCUAUGUCCUUCCGCUGCAGCCACUAUUUCAUUUGCCUUUCCACUCAAGCGUUCGCCAUGUUUCUCGGAUCAAAAAUCGUUGUCGCCAACCCGGUGAAUAUUGAGUUCUCGAGAUCAACUUUGCAAACUGUGUCCGAAUGGAACAGGCCAUUCCACACAUAUCUUCACGAGAAUAUCUUCAAACGCCGCUUCUUUCAAUCCACCGCUCUCAACGUCCUUCUUACUUUUGCUGUCAGCGCGCUGCUCCAUGCUCGUGAUUACCAAAUGUGGCUCACACUACUAGCUCUUGGAUUCAUCGCCUAUUCUGAAACUGUCUUUCGUAAACGAAUCGCUGACCGGUUUUCGAUGUGUGUUGCUGCGAAGCCAUGUUCGGUUCGUGCUAAUCGUCGUAUUUGUAAGCAUAAGCAUGCCUCGUUCUCCAAACGCGUCCUCAUCAUCAACUUGUUCUUCAUGAUCCUCUCAAUGUAUCACUUGGUGUUCACCGGAAUGACAUUUACCGAUGAUUACGCGGCCAUCGGAUACCCAUUCUCCCAUACCUGGACCAUCUGGGGAACGCACUACUACUCCAGUUUCAUAGUUUCUUUUGCUUUCCUAGCACUUUCCAAAAUUAUCUAA